CGGCGGGGGGCGGGCAUGGAGCUGUCCGAGGUCCGGUGCUCGAGCGCGAGCGAGGAUCUGUACACCAUCAACAAGACCCCCAGCAGCGGCGGCAGCGCGCGCCCCAAACGGCUGCUGUGGCAGACCGCCGUGCGCCACAUCACCGAGCAGCGCUUCAUCCACGAGCAGGGGGGCGGAGGGGGGCUCAAGGACGACCCCUUCGACCCCAUCCAGGACGCGCGGAAGGAGUCCGCGGGCCUGGGGGACCGGCACAACAACGGCGGGACCAAGGUGUUCCCGGAGCGCGCGAGCAGCGACCUGGGCUUCCUGCAGCUGGACUGCGCGCCCAGCAACUCGGACUUCUUCCUGAACUGGGGCUACACCUACCGGGGGGUCAUCUUCCCCACCCUGAGGAACGCCUUCAAGUCCCGGGACCUGGAGCGGCUGUACCAGCGCUACUUCCUGGGCCAGAGGCGGAAGUCGGUGGUGGUGAUGAACAUCCUGGACGUGGUGACGAAGCUCACCCUGCUGGUGCUGCACCUCACCCUGGCCUCCUCCCCCAUGGACCCCAUCAAGGGGACGCUGCUGGGCUUCUUCACGGGGGUGGAGGUGGUGAUCUGCGCCCUGGUGGUGGUGCGGAAGGACGCCACGUCGCACAGCUACCUGCAGUACAGCGGCGUGGUCACGUGGGUGGCCAUGGCCACGCAGAUCCUGGCGGCGGGCCUGGGCUUCGGGCUGCUGGGGGACGGGGUGGGCUACGUCCUCUUCACCCUGUUCGCCACCUACAGCAUGCUUCCGCUUCCGCUCACCUGGGCCAUCCUGGCCGGACUCUUCACUUCCGGCCUGCACGUGCUGGUCCAGCUGCUGGGCUCCGAGAGCGCGCAGCUCUUCACCAACCAGGUGGCGGCUCAGGCCGUGCUCUUCUUGUGCAUCAACACGGCGGGGAUCUUCAUCAGCUACCUGUCGGACCGGGCCCAGCGGCAGGCCUUCCUGGAGACGCGGCGCUGCAUCGAGGCCCGGCUGCGGCUCGAGACGGAGAACCAGAGACAGGAGAGGCUGGUGUUAUCUGUGCUGCCGCGCUUUGUAGUUUUGGAAAUGAUCAACGACAUGACAAAUGUAGAGGAUGAACACCUCCAGCAUCAAUUCCACAGAAUCUACAUCCACCGCUACGAGAAUGUCAGCAUUCUUUUCGCAGAUGUUAAAGGCUUCACAAACCUCUCCACCACGCUUUCUGCGCAGGAGCUGGUUCGAAUGUUGAAUGAACUCUUUGCACGCUUCGACCGCCUCGCACACGAGCACCACUGCCUACGAAUAAAGAUCCUGGGAGACUGUUACUACUGCGUGUCCGGUCUACCUGAGCCCAGACCGGACCACGCUCACUGCUGCGUGGAGAUGGGACUGAGCAUGCUCAAAACCAUCAGAUACGUCAGAUCUCGUACGAAACACGACAUCGACAUGCGGAUCGGGAUCCACUCGGGCUCGGUGCUGUGCGGCGUGCUGGGACUCAGGAAGUGGCAGUUUGACGUCUGGUCCUGGGACGUGGACAUCGCCAACAAGCUGGAGUCCGGCGGCAUCCCCGGGAGAAUCCACAUCUCCAAAGCAGCUUUGGACUGUUUGAACGGAGACUACGAGGUGGAGGAAGGCCAAGGCAAGGACCGCAACGACUUCCUGCGGCGCCACAACAUCGAGACGUACCUGAUCAAGCAGCCGGAGGAGAGUCUGCUCACCCUGCCGGAGGACAUCAUGAAGGAGGCGGCGAGCUCGGCCGACCGCCGCUCCAGCAGCGCCACCUUCAACGAGGCCUCGUGGAGCCCCGAGCUCCCCUUCGACAACAUCGUGGGGAACCAGAACACUCUGGCUGCCCUAACGAGAAAUUCGAUAAAUCUGCUUCCAAACCAUCUUGCACAAGCUUUGCAUGUCCACUCUGGUCCUGAGGAAAUUAACAAGCGAAUAGAGAGCGCCAUCGACUUACGGAGUGGCGAUAAGUUGAGAAGAGAGCAUAUCAAGCCUUUCUCACUGAUGUUUAAAGACUCCAGCCUGGAAGAGAAGUACUCCCAGAUGAGAGACGAGGUGUUCAAGUCCAACCUGGUGUGCGCCUUCAUUGUGCUCAUCUUCAUCACCGCCAUUCAAAGUCUGCUUCCCUCUGCCAGAAUGGUGACCAUGGUGAUCCAGUUCUCAGUCCUCAUCAUCCUCCACUCCUGCCUGGUUCUGGUUACGACAGCGGAGGACUACAAGUGUCUGCCUCUGGUCCUGAGGAAGGCCUGCUGCUGGAUCAAUGAGACGUACGCAGCACGAAACGUCAUCAUCUUCGUCUCCAUACUCAUCAACUUCCUGGCAGCGAUGAUCAAUAUACUGUGGUGCGACUUCGAUAAGUCCAACACCUUCAGGAACCAGACGUACAACGCGUCCGCCUCCAUCCCAGACAUCUGCUUCUACCCAGAGUAUUUUGUAUUCACAGGAGUCCUGGCGAUGGUCACGUGCGCCGUCUUCCUGCGGCUGAACUCGGUGCUGAAGCUGGCCGUGCUGCUGGUGAUGAUCGCCAUCUACUCGCUGCUCACCGAGGCCUUCUACACCUCGCUGUUCGUCCGCUACGACACCGUGCACCACAACACCGAGAACUUCCUGGGAACCAAAGAGACGUCGUUGCUCCUGAUGGCCAUGUUCCUCCUGGCCGUGUUUUACCAUGGUCAGCAGCUGGAGUACACGGCCCGGCUGGACUUCCUGUGGCGAGUCCAGGCCAAGGAGGAGAUCAACGAGAUGAAGGAGCUGCGAGAACACAACGAGAACAUGCUGAGGAACAUCCUGCCCAGCCACGUGGCACGCCACUUCCUGGAGAAGGACCGGGACAACGAGGAGCUGUACUCCCAGUCCUACGAUGCCGUGGGCGUCAUGUUCGCCUCCAUCCCAGGAUUCGCCGACUUCUACUCGCAGACUGAGAUGAACAACCAGGGCGUGGAGUGUCUGCGGCUCCUCAACGAGAUCAUCGCUGACUUUGAUGAGCUGCUGGGUGAGGACCGUUUCCAGGACAUCGAGAAGAUCAAGACCAUCGGUAGCACCUACAUGGCAGUCUCCGGUCUGUCGCCUGAGAAACAGCAGUGUGAAGAUAAAUGGGGUCACCUGUGUGCACUGGCAGACUUCGCCAUCGCCCUCAACGAGAGCAUCCAGGAGAUCAACAAGCACUCAUUCAACAACUUCGAGCUGCGGAUCGGUAUGGCUCACGGCUCGGUGGUGGCAGGUGUGAUCGGCGCCAAGAAGCCGCAGUACGACAUCUGGGGGAAGACAGUGAACCUGGCCAGUCGGAUGGACAGUACUGGUGUGAGCGGGAAGAUCCAGGUGCCCGAAGAGACCUACCUGAUCCUGAAGGAGCGCGGCUUCGCCUUCGAGUACCGUGGCGAGAUCUACGUGAAGGGCAUCAGUGAGCAGGAGGGCAAAAUCCGAACACACUUCCUGCUGGGCCGCGUACAGCCCAACCCGCUCAUCCUGCAGCCGCGCAAGAUCACGGGCCAGUACUCGCUAGCUGCCGUGGUGCUGGGCCUGGUGCAGUCGCUCAACCGGCAGAAACAGAAGCAGAUUCUGAACGAGAACAACAACCCGGGCAUCAUGAAGGGCCACCACCAUUACAACCGCAGGACGUUGUUAGCGCCCGGGGGCUCCGAGGUGGGAGGGGGCCAUCACGCUGAGGCAGCAGACAAGAUUGAGCUGUCCUGAACAGAAGACUGGAGUUUUGGGUCCACACGGGUUUCUCAGAACUGCUUCUGAGGCAGAUAUGGUUGAGUUGAACCUCAGUGGUCUUAAAGCAUCUUUUGUUUUGGUGUGGAUGCUUCAGCAAACAGGAAGUUGAUUCUCUUCCUUCACAUCUCUGUUUUGUACGGUGUUUCAUAUUAAAACAAAGCAGGAUUAAAAUGCUAGAGGGCAUUUUAGAGGCUGUUCACGCCUUUCAGUAAAAAGGUUCUUAGUGAUCAGAUUAGAACCAGAUCCAGGUCUGAACUGCCUCAAUGUGCACUGGUCCCACAGACCCCCCUUCCAAGAAGGUCUGGACACUUUUAACCACACACACAUGACAAUCUGAACACAGUCCAUCCAUAACAGGUGUAACAGGCCAUAAUAUACCCCAGUCUGGACUAAACCUGUGGUUGAAGGGGCCUAGGCUAGAUUAUACCACAGGUUUACUAUGACCUACGUCUAUUUAUAC